AUGGAACCGACAACGUUCGCGCCAGAAACAGCUAAUCAGUAUAGUUUGGCUCAUCUACUAAGGAUAGCAGUGCUAAUUACAAUGCCUCCACGGCAACAUAUUUCGGUAGAAAACAAAAAAAAGAUAGUGAAGCUGUACUUGGAUCAGUACCGUAUGACCGAUAUAGCAAACAUUAUGGAUUUGAACAUCCAGACACCGAGUCUUAGUAGUAGUAAUCGUAUGAGUAAACGUACGAUUUCUUCCUCCUCCUCCUCGUCUUCGGCGGCCUCCGACUCCUACUGUGUUUCGUUGGCUGUAGGACCGCUGUGGUGGUCCGAUGUCCCAACAUUCAGGACCGAUCACGAUAGGGCCUCUCCCUUGAAGGAAUACAAUCGCAAGGAUUCUUUCGAUUCGACAACGACCACUGCUUCUUCCGAGUACAAUGAUCUGGAUUUCACUGAAUCAACCGUCGACUACAUGAACCAACAGGAGGCUGCCGUCAUCCAGGAGGUACUGAGCCAGUCCGUUCCGACCGCCAUCACCCUGAAGCUGUUCGUCACGCCGCAAAAGUGCAGCAGCUGGGAGACGAUCUUCAAUCCGAACGACAACAUCCUGUACGUGUCGCUCCCAUCGGCCAUGUCGCACGAGGCCUCCAAGCACUCCUUCAUUUCCCUGCUGGAGUUUGCCGAGGAAAAGCUGGAGUGCGAUGGCGUCGUCCUGUGCAUCCGCAAGGAUCGGCUCGACCGUCCCAACCUGGUGCGUACGUUCUCAUUCGUCGGUUUUCAGCCGCUCAGCCCAAAAUCUCCGCUCGCUCCGCCCCACAUCGAGGAGCAGCAGCGGAAUGAGUAUCUCUUCAUGAUUUACAACAUCGAGGAGUAAACCACGGGAGAGCACGCGAACAACAAAACAACACCCCCCGACCAAGCGCAACAAGAUCAACCGCUUGGGUGAAAUCCAUAUCAUGUGAUCCGCCAGAUCCAACAUCAACGCUUGGCGGAUCGAUACGAAGAGGAGCGGUGUGCGUUGGUACAAUCGUAUUAAAAUUAAGUUCGUGCCAUUUGACCAGCGACAAACGCUCACCUAAAUACCAUCUGCAGCCGGGAGCGUCUGUUGGUCGUGGUUUGGGCGAAAACAACACCCCUCUCCGCCCUUCAACGAUAAGGUUGAAGUUUACCCGCCGAGCUUCGAUUGGUGGCAGAGAUCGUUGCAUCCCAAAUCGGUGCGGUUUACGUUCAACCGUUUUGAUACGAUCGUAUAGAACACACAGCAUAGCGUAUAAAAACAAUGCAACCGGAAAGACAAACGAAAAGCAUGGAUUAAUAUCAUACUACAUCAUCGAUACAACACAACACACAUGCGGACUCAUUGCCACCAUCCAUCGCCAUCCAGCAACAAUUGAUGAACCACACGUUUGAAUGGUUUCUACCUGUGAAAAAUCCAUCGCUUCACGUCCAUCUAUAUCGUCAAAGCAAGCAAAACCAACCAGCGGCCAAACUAAUGGCAUGAGACAUAUAAAGUUAAAGAAAGAUAACAUUUCCCUUUUCGAAGAUUACAAUACCAGCUCGCGGUUCUUUGCAACACAAAACAAACACUACUUGCAAACGCGGGCGAACGGCGUGUGCAUACUCUCUAGAGCGUAACUACCAAUACUAGCACAUAGUAGAACGGAGGGAAAAGUGAAGAGAAAACAACAGGCAUUAUCAGAUUCGGUAUCGCGAUCUAACCAGUCGAUAUACUUGCGAUUUGUAAUUGUUUAAGAGAUAUGCUACUAUCAUAUGGUAAUCAUAACAAAAAAUUUAAAAAAGUUAAAAAAAAUCAUAAAAGCUAUAAAAAUCGCAAAAAAAUCGAUAACGAACUGUAUCCUACGUAUAUUUUUUUUUUACAAACAACCAGCAAUAACUGAUUGAAUGGGAUAAUUAAAACAAACAAUCUUGAAAUAGAAACAACUGACACAGAAAAACGCAUUAUUUUGCAGACGAUUUUUAUACAAAAAAACAAACAAUGAAACUGACACAAGAACUAAAAAUUUAUCGUCAUACAAAGAGGAGAUUGAAAUUAAAUUCUGUCGAAGAAAUGCCAGCUAUGGAGCGCCCCGGAUGUGAAUCCUUCAUCCUUGGACAUACCAAACGAUCAACGUAACCGGCAGUUGACACCUGCGGUCGAGUUAGUAGGGAAUCGACGCGAGAGAUAGAAGACUUCUUCGGCGCGAGCCUCGGCAGCCCUGUGCCAACUAGAGAAAUGUUUGUUGCAAUCGGGAAAACAAAGUGCAAAGGAAAACAAAACAAACAACAAAAAAGGGACACUUUGAAAACGGGAUAGUGAAUGGUCAAACAUAAAGGAAGUGCUCGUGCCGAAGUCAAGUUGAUAUAGAAGUCGUUAAUUAGUUUGUUAUGUUGAUUAGUUUAGCUGCCAUUUUUUUUCUCUCCUGCUUUUUUCUUUUGAAUUGACAUUUUUCUGAAAAGCAGUACUUAUGAAAUAGAAUAUUUUGUAUACAUUACUAGGAACAGUUACGUUAACCGCAAACGAUGUCAUCUACCCACAACAUUUAUUAGUGCUAAGAUUUAUUUACUAUUCUUAUGUAUCCUAGUUGUAUUCAUUGUCUUAUUAUCGUUUUCCUUGAUUUGAUAGGAUUCCACCACCGAAGAUGGUAUUGUAAUGCUUUAAUUUGUAGCGGAUUUUUGCUUACGUUUCUCUGCAUCGAACCUCCCGCCUCCGGGAGGAUCUUCUUUCGGGCAGCACACGAAUUAAUCGUUCGAUGCGUGAUAUAUGUCCCCCAUCACCGUGUUGUGUAUUCCGAGCACGAUAAACCGAACGGGUACGGUGAGGAACAUGAAGUAGAAACUUGCAAACAUAAGAAAAGGGAAUUUUUUGAACAAAACAAUUUAACGAAAAUGGGAAUGUAUCUCAAAGCAUGUAGGGAAAAAGUAAACAUGAAUCAAAAGUGACGACCUAGCGCGGUCACGAAGACGGAAAGAGAGAAGCACAUGAAGUGGUGCGAUGUAGCUAAUGGAAUAUUAUUGUUCUCGUUUACUUUUUCCCCAACUUUAUAUGUUGUUAAUGGGUUCAGUUGAGAAUAUACUGUAUAAUCAA